UCUUGUUUUCCCAAAAGUGUCUCCAUUUUACUAGAUGCAUUUGUGUGUUUUUAACCAACAUAAACAUUAAGCAGCGUAAAACAGUUGGCUGCUACGUCGCAUUUUUACUUCCCAUUACAUCACCAUUGUUGAGUGUUUUGAUUGGACAACAGUAUCAACCCCACCCGAGUGACAGUAGCGAUUGGAGACUGCCACGGCUAACUGCAAAUGCUCAAUGUUAUUGGGCAAUCGAAUAUCUCGAAUUCAGCAGGGUAGGCUGAAUCACUGUCGGGAUGGAUGCAGCUACUCUGACGUACGAUACACUGCGGUUCGGAGAGUUUGAAGACUUCCCCGAAACCCCAGAGCCUGUGUGGAUAUUGGGGAAGCAGUUCAGCGCACUCACAGAGAGGGAUGACAUCCUAUCAGAUAUAGCCUCACGUUUGUGGUUCACAUACAGAAAGAACUUUUCCCCCAUUGGAGGUACGGGGCCCACGUCAGACACAGGCUGGGGCUGCAUGCUGCGGUGUGGGCAGAUGGUGCUAGGAGAGGCCCUGGUCCGGCGGCAUCUAGGCCGAGAGUGGAGGUGGUCGAGGGGCCAGCGACAGAGAGACGAGUACAGAAGUAUCCUCAACGCCUUUAUUGACAAGAAGGACAGUUACUACUCCAUUCACCAGAUAGCCCAGAUGGGGGUUGGGGAGGGCAAGUCGAUCGGCCAGUGGUAUGGACCCAACACAGUGGCACAGGUACUCAAGAAGCUGGCGGUGUUCGACUCCUGGAGCCGAUUGGCUGUGCACGUUGCCAUGGAUAACACGGUGGUCAUCGAGGAAAUCAAGAAGCUGUGUAUGCCGUGGCUGGACUUUGACAGACCGGGGGCGGGGGCAGCGUGCGGGUCGUCGUCAUCGGGUGCCGGUGCGUCGUCACGGGAACUGAACGGCUGCCUGGAGGGCGCGUGUGCGAUGGCCAAUCAGGACGAGGAAGACGGCGCCCUCUGGAGGCCACUGGUGCUACUGAUCCCACUGAGGCUCGGACUCACAGACAUCAACGAAGCCUACAUAGAGACGCUUAAGCAAUGCUUCAUGCUUCCCCAGUCGCUAGGGGUGAUCGGAGGGAAGCCCAACAGCGCUCACUACUUCAUCGGGUUUGUAGGGGAGGAGUUGAUCUACCUGGACCCCCACACCACGCAGCCUGCGGUGGAGCCUGGCGAUGACAGCCAGGUGGCGGACGACUCCUACCACUGCCAGCACCCGCCCUGCCGCAUGCACAUCUGUGAACUAGACCCCUCCAUCGCAGCGGGUUUCUUCUGCCAAACAGAGGACGACUUUGAUGAGUGGUGUGCACAGAUCCGGAAGCUCUCUUGCUGUAAAGGAGGCCUGCCCAUGUUUGAGCUGGUGGACAGCCAGCCCUCUCAUUUCAUCAGUGGUGAUGUCCUCAACCUCACGCCAGAUUUCUCUGACUCGGAUCGGCUGGAGCGGUUCUUUGACUCGGAGGACGAGGAGUUUGAGAUCCUGUCUUUGUGAAGAAGAGGAGAGAAUAUUGAGAGGAAGAUGAAGAGUGGUCACUUGUCCCGCUGACACAGUCACCCUCUUCUUCUCUGAUGAAGAGCGGCCAGUCAGACAGACGGACAGACAGACAGGAGGACUAACUGACUGGCGACCAGUCUGUGGCGUCUCAUGCAGCAAAAACUAAACCGCCCCUUUCCCCAAAACCACCGCUUCUCGUCUUGAGCGCAGGCCUGCACCCCACUUCUCUCAGCCUGGACUCCAGGGAUCACAGAGAGGUCAUCGUGCAAACUAGGAUCGACGCCUUUCUUUUCUUUUCUUUUGUUUUUGUAAGUCUUAACACUUUGAACAAUUGUUUUAACGUGAUACAGGUGCCUUGCCCCCUGCCCAAGCGAGCGAUUCAUUGCCAUAACACGACUCCAGUGACUAAUACGAAGUUAAUAAAACACCACUCUGGUGUGCUCUUGUUUUGAUAUAAGUUGCUUUUAUUUUGCAAAUCUGUAUCUCAGCACUCUUGAAUGGGGAUUUAAAAAAGGUUUUUGGUUGAAAAAGUCGUAAUCAACCGUGUAGGUUAUCACUUGUAAAUGAAAAACACUAUGUCUAUCAUGUUCCCUAUCUCUGUACACAGGUGCAUUUUAAAAUUAUUUAUUUACUCUUAACUGUGCAUAUGAUAAAUAAAAAAACAUGUACGCAAGAAAAUGAUUUAAAAAUGAAAAACAAAAUAAAAAUCUAAAAGAUU